AUGGUCGUAGAGGAGCUCAACUCCGCAGAAGCCGCAGAUCUAUUACUUCGAUCGAAAACUACUCCUUCUGCAGAAAAUCGCACCCUGAGUUCAACUUCAAGCUCCAUUGAAGAAACUGGCAAUUCCACCAAUUUUGAAUCAACCACUUUGGCGGACGAAAACAUAACCACCGAGUUCAUCAAGAAUAUCACCGAUUUCGACAGGAACGAGGAAAGUGCUGAAGCAGGUUAGUUAUCGCAGUGAAAAAGGAAGCUUAGUUUUCCACAAACUUUUCAACUUGUCAGCUUCAUUUUUCUCUCACUUAACCUUCCAAAAACACGGCUUGUUAUUAAUGUGAGAGAGAGAAAAAGUUCGAAGUUGAUUCAAGUAUCCGCAAAAGAGAAAAUGUUUGAUAUAUCAAAUAAAAUUUUUCAGAAAGUACAACGACUCCCGAAGAAGAAGCAUUCUCGCACAAUUCAACAGCCUCUGAUCCUGUGUUGGAAGGAUUUUUAGGAAAAAAGGAUUCCAACCUAGAAACCUCUACUUCAAAGUUCCAGACUCCCCCAGAUUCUUCUUUUUCAGUUAUGGUUAACGCAGCCAAGGUUUCAAAAAGGAAUUGAAAAAUACCGACUUCGGUGCGUUGAGGACUUUGUGAAGCGCUACCUGACGAAUGAACAGUGGCGCAACUUGAGAAGACUACUUCGUACAAUAAAAGAGGUUGGCGGAAGCCGUGACGACGUCCAUCGCGCAGCAACGUCGUUCAUUUCCAAGGUUUUCUAAUCGCUGGUUUUCGGGUCUCCUUCGAAUCAAAUCCUUGUUCUGGCCCAAAAAACAAUAUAAUUACAGGUUGUCUCAAAAGUGGAAAUGUCGGAAAUCUUGAACCGAAGGGAAGAACUUUUCAAGACCUUCAACAAACGCUUUUUUCGCAAAGUUUGA